AUGGCCAAGCUCCUCGCGCUUCUCGCCGUGUCGGCGACGGCGUUCACCGUGCCGAGCACGCGACACGCGCUGCGGCUGCGAACACCGCUGCGCGCCGCCGACGACGCCGAGGACCUGCUGGCGCAGGCCGCGGCGCUGCGCGCCGAGGCGGGCACGCUGCAGAGCGAGGUGAGCGCGGCGGCGGCCGUCGCGGACCCCGUCGCGGCCAAGGCGAACGAGGAUGGCGCGAACAAGAUGAAGAUCAAGGCCGCGCUGCGCGCGGCGACCGAGAGCGGCGCGGGCCCGGCGUCGCUCCGACGCGCGGCGCGCGACGGAAACUCACCCGACGCUCGCGUAGGCGACAAGGCGAUGCUGCAGGCGUCGCUGGGCGCGGCGGAGGCGGCGGGCUUCUCCGGCGACGACGAGGUCGUCGCGGCCGCGGUCGCGGCGUUCAACGCCGGCGUCAAGCCGAAGCAGGGCAUCAGCGACGAGAUGAAGAAGCGGCUGACGAAGGAGGCGCAGUCCGGGGACCCGACGCAGCUCGACUACGACGGCGGCCUCAAGACCUACGGCGCGAUCUUCGCGAUCAUGACCGUCCUCGUCGUCCUCGGCGGCAAGGACAUCCUCUACUGA